AUGGCUCAUCAAGAGUCUGAAGACAAGCCAGCGCCAAUGCGUGCCCGCGCAGAAGCCCUCUUGGCCCGCUAUGGUGGACCGAAUGGACCUACGGGCCAUGCUGCUGUGAACGAAUCAGGUGAGCCGCAAUCUCUAAGUGCAUUCAUUGGCGGCAAAGCCAACGCGCCUCGUCUCGGCAAAUUAACCGGCGACGGACGCACCUCCUCAUUUGAUGAGUCGCAAACAGAGUAUCAGAGACUUCCUGGUCUAACGAAGCCUGGAUCGAUGGCCAGUUUUAUGGAACAACGCCAAAAAGAACUGUUCCCCGAACUUACGAACGACAACGACCACAAAUCGAAGCAAGAGACGCAACAUGAAGAACCAUCCCAGCCAAGUGAUAAAGUAGUGUCUCCUGGGAACGAGCCAGCGCCAACAUCCAUCACGGACACGUCACUCGAAGCUGGGAACUCCGCUACACAUGGCCAUGACCGCAACAGAGACGCGCAGAGCGACACCAAGAAUCAGCAUGAAACUGCUUUGAAAGAAACUGAAAGGGCCACAGACAAUGCAUCAGGCACUGCUCAUGCCACUCCAUCUCUCCCCAAGCGUAGCACCUCUGGCAAGCGUAUCGUGGUGCUUAUAUCUGGUUCCGGCAGUAAUCUUCAGGCGAUCAUUGACGCCACAUGCGGUACGUCGCCCGAAAUUCCCAACGCACAAAUCGUGCGAGUUAUAUCGAACCGAAUGAAAGCAUACGGACUGCAGCGAGCGAAGAAUGUCGAUCCGCCCAUUCCUACAUGUGUACACAGUCUCAAGACAUACCAAACACGGAACCCUGGCAAGACGCGUGAGGACUACGAUCUUUUGCUGGCCGAACAUGUGUUAGGUGAUGAUGGAUGCGCUCCUGACCUUGUGGUUCUUGCCGGCUUCAUGCACAUUGUAUCUGAGACAUUUCUAAGUGCCAUGGGUCAUAUGACGUCGCUUCGCUCGCCACCAACGUUUGAAAAGCGUCCUAAACGGCCUGUGCCAAUUAUCAAUUUGCAUCCAGCACUUCCUGGUGCCUUCGAUGGUGCCAAUGCAAUUGAGCGUGCUUACGAGGCAUUCCAGCAUGGACGCAUUCAAUACACGGGUGCAAUGGUCCAUGAGGUUGUCGCUGAGGUCGACCGAGGACAGCCGAUUGUCGUUCAUCAAGUGCCUAUAUACAAAGAUGACUCCCUGGACGUAUUGGAAUCACGUAUGCACAGCAUUGAGCAUGACAUCAUAGUCCAAGGUGCCGCAAAAGUAUUGUCUGGCGAACACAAAGUCACAGCCCAAGCGGUGCCGCCGGAGCAACAGCAGCACCCUUCGCCUCCACCAGUAUCUCUGCAGCCAAAGUCCAAGUCGCAGGCUAAUCCAUGUAUCGAUAAGAUGGCCGUGGAAAGCGCGCCCGGAUCAUCUGAACUACAAAAACUUGCAGCUACGACUUUCCUGCGGCUUUGUGCGCACGGCGUCUGGCUUCCCAUUGCACAACCCCUUACGCUGUAUGAAACGGAUGUGGUAUGGGUAAAUGGCGGCGCGGCUUCGUCGUAUAUUUGGCUGGGCCGCUCAGCGCCUCCAAACUGGGAAGCAAUGUUGUCGAAAGAGUCGCAUAUGCAGCUUGGAACUCAGCCUUCAAAAGAACACCAAGGCUGUGAAUCUUUGACCUUUAUGCGAGCGAUUGGCGGCAUGCUCGUGACGAUGCAAGGAUCUCCAGACGAAGCAUCACUCAAGGAAGCGCGCAAGGACACACUAUUUAUCGUACGCAAAGACGAUGAAGAAAAUGGCGUGUUUGUGGAUCAAGUGCCGUUUGAAGCCAGCUCUCUUUGCUCAGCCUUCAGUGCUGUUGCAUCCACGUCCCAUGGCGUGUGGGUGUGGCAUGGCAUCGGCAGUGAUGACGCACAACAGCAGCACGCAAUUGCAUGGACAAAAUCUCUAGCACCAACGCACAAGGUCGUUCAAACGGACGAAUUUUUCUCGCUGUUUGAUGAUAGGGAAUACGCAAAUGGUUGGCAUCAUCGACGGCGGCCCGGUUUGCCCGGCCCCAAGCGGUGUGUCAAGUUGUAUUCACCUGCACAUACAACAAAGCCUGUUAAAUUCUGUCUGAAGUACAUCCGAACAGAUGCUGUGUCAGUCGUUGAUGCUUAUUUGGAAAUAUACGUGAUAAUUGGCGCAAAGGCACGUGGCGAUAGGAAUGCGAUCGAGGCAGCACUGGAUCAUGCGGAACGCCUCGCUAUCCGUGAGGAUGUCACGGAGAUGAAGCCUCCCAUUCAUGUGCUUGUCUUGCCCAGCGUUGUACCCUUGGAUUUUCUAGCACUUGCCCGCGAUGCUUGGAAUCAACACGUCUUGACCGACGAUGAGGUUGACGACCAUUCGCCUGUGUUGAUGAAUCUUCACACUCUAUGUGAGGCUCGACGUCAAUUGUCCACGUCCAAAUUGUCAUUGAGCGCGUGUUCGUCGUCGAGCACCUCCACAGUCCCAGCCAAUCAGAAUUACUUGCCCGUAGGGUCACAGGCGUCUCGUACGUAG